AAUGGUAAGCUAUGCCCAGGAUGCUUACUUCAGUGUACAUCUCAUCAACUCCUUCUCAUAAUGUCUAUUCGAAAACUCUCGACAGGCGUCUUUGCCUUGUCGACUCUCAUCCAGCAUGUCGUCGCUGCUCCUCAAGGUCCAGUGGUCUCCUUCAAGUUCCCUGAGGUUGUGGAGGCAGGUGGUAUGCACAACAUCCAUGUCGACUAUCACUCAUCUCAUGACGGAGAGUUCUCAAUCGUUUAUGGUGAUUGUGGCAUCAAGUCCACAGAAGAUGCCCAUCACGUUCUCGGCAGCACACAUGUUGGAAACCACGAUUUGGCAAAGCGACACUUGAAUUGGCAUGAACAAAGACCAACUCGCUUCGUCUGGUUGGCACCUGAGGAUAUCUCUAGCGAUGGUUGUCUUCAUGCUUUCUCUGGUGAUGUCUUGCUAGGCAGAUCUACACCGGUCUCUGUUGGUCGCAGAAACAACAAGAGACAUCUCGCUGCUGCAGAUGUCAUGGAUGCUAUGGGCCCCUGGUUUGAUGGUGUCACAUACCUGAAGGAGAAGGAGCCAGAGUCUGUCUUCGUUGCUCAAACCAAGAGCAAGUCUGUUGGUAUUCUCGGUGGCGGCAUGUCUGGUUUGAUGACUGCACACAUUCUCGACUCUGUUGGUUUCCACGACUGGCAGAUCAUCGAAGCUUCAUCGCGUAUCGGAGGUCGUGUCCACACAUCUUAUCUCAACGCCACCAAGCCUGAUCAAUACCAGUACCAGGAGAUGGGCCCUAUGCGUUUCCCUGUCAGCUUGUCUAUGGACAACGAGACGAUUGAGAUCAACGACCACAAGAUGGUCUUCCAGCUUGCCGACGAACUUAACAAGCAGAACAAGCACGACCCCUCCUACGAGGUCAAGUUCAUUCCCUGGAUCCAAACCGCUCGUAACGACCCUUCGAGCACCACCAAGAGAAAGCCUGAUGGUACUGUUCCGGGCGUGGCAGAGGUGUCCGAGAAUCCUUCCCUCGCUGUUAACGCCACUCUCACAUACAGCAAUGCAACUGCUGUAGCAGAAGCAACCGAAGAGUUUGAGGACUGGCUCGGCAUGACUACUGAGAAGACUCGUCUAUAUGCAACCAACGUCUUCCAGGCACAUAAGCAAGCCGUUGCUGAGGGCUUCCUUGACUUCUCCGAGUCUGGUUACCUCCGUUACAAGAUGGGUAUUGACAACAACAUCACCGAUCAGAUUGACUCGGUUGCUGAUAACCUCCCAUCUUGGCCGUACGAAGAUGUCUACUUUGAGGCCACUAAAUGGCGUACCAUCGAUCAAGGUCUGAGUCGUCUCCCUGCAGCUUUCGGACCUCAAGUUUUGAAUCGCACUCGCUUCCAAACUGCCGUCCAAGCCAUGAGUUGGAACGAGACCUCCGAAAAGAUGUCCGUCCACUUCCGCCCCGGCAACCCCUUCGACAUGGAAACCGAAAUCAUAGACUUCGACUACACCAUCGUCGCCGUCCCCUUUUCCAAAGUCCGUCUCUGGCGUCUCCCCGACUACUCUAGCCUUCUCAGCCGCGCCAUCAGCAGACUAAACUACUCACCCGCCUGCAAAGUCGCACUCCACUACAAAACACGCUUCUGGGAACACCUCGACCGCCCCAUCAUCGGCGGCUGCGGCUCUGGCGGCGGCAUAGCAGGGAUCGGCAGUGUGUGCUACCCGUCCUACCAAAUCAACAGCUCCGGCCCCGGCGUAAUCCUCGCAUCCUACCUCUCCGGCGACAUGGCAAAAUCCCUCGGCGCAAUGACCGAACAAGAACACGUCGCCUACGUCCAACGCGCCAUGAUCGAAAUCCACGGCCCCAUCGCCGCCGAACAAUUCACAGGCGCCUACGACAGAAAAUGCUGGCUCAAUGAUGAAUAUCAAGCCGGCGCUUGGGCAUCGCCUACAGCAUUACAGCAAGAUUUGUAUCUUCCUGCGUACUUUCAGACGGAGAAGCAUACGGUGUUUGUGGGUGAACAUACUAGUUAUACGCACGCUUGGAUUUUCAGCGCGUUGGAGAGUGCGGUUAGAGGUACCACGCAAUUGUUGUUGGAUAUGGGGCUUGUGGAUGAAGCUAAGCAGGUCACUGAGUUCUGGAUGGCUAGGUGGAUCAGCAUGUAAGAAACAAGCAAAUAGCUUGAUGAAACUUUUUACGCAUGUCAAUGAAAUAAUCACAUACCC